CAGGGCCUGGUUGGUUUAGUAACAGGCGGUGCAUCAGGAUUAGGAAAAGCAACAGCAGAAAGAUUUGUUAAACAAGGUGCUAAGGUAGUUUUAUGUGAUUUGGAAUCCUCUGAAGGAAAACAAGUUGCCAGUGGUUUAGGAGAUGACUGUGUAUUUGCUGCAACAGAUGUGACCUCAGAAAAUGAUGUGGUAAAUGCUUUAGAAAUAGCUAAAUCAAAAUUUGGUGGACUAGAUACAGUGGUCAACUGUGCUGGUAUUGGAAUAGCUAAAACAGUAUACGACUUUAAGAGAAAUAAGCCACAUAGUUUAGAAGACUUUAAAAGAAUAUUAGAGGUAAAUGUUGGAGGUACAUUCAAUGUAACAAGACUUGCUGUUGGGUUGAUUAACGCCAACGAACCAAAUUCCAAUGGCCAAAAAGGAGUAAUAAUUAAUACUGCCAGUGUGGCAGCUUUUGAUGGACAAAGAGGUCAAGCUGCAUAUGCUGCUAGCAAAGGAGCAAUUACUUCCAUGGCUUUACCAUUAGCGAGAGAUUUAGGACGUCAGGGAAUUCGUGUCAUGACUAUAGCUCCUGGUUUAUUCAAGACUCCUCUUUUAGAAUCCUUGCCAGAGGCAGCCAUCCAACAACUUUGUUCCUAUAUACCAUUUCCUUCUAGACUGGGACAUCCAGAUGAAUAUGCUCAUUUAGUACAGACUAUUAUAGAAAAUCCAAUGUUAAAUGGAGAGGUCAUACGAUUAGAUGGAGCUUUGAGAAUGCAGUAA